GCUGCCGCGCUCCGGACGUCUCGUGUGACCUGGCGGGCAGCGAGGCGCCGCGGAGCGCGCAGGGCAGAUCAGACGGGCGGCUCGGCUCGGCUGCUGUGGAGUGGCGAGAGGUGGUGCCUCGUGGUGUGGUGCUCUGUGAGAGGCAGGGAGAGCGCUGAGCUCCGUGUCUGAGUGUGGAGAGCCGAGUUGAGCCGGCUGAGUUUGGCUGUGUUGAGCUGUGCGGAGCGGAGUGGGGCGGCCGUGGAGGCACAUUAGCCGAGUUGGUUCUAGCAGCAAGCGUCUUUUGGAGCAGCCUUGGUCAGAGAUAAAACAAUGACGACAUUGUUGGGAAUGCGGAGGUCUACGGACAUGGCCUCUGGCGUGCUGAUCUGCGUCGCCUGCCUGCUCUUCAUCCAGUCGUCCAGCCUGCGCUCCUCCAUCGACGAGAUCGCGCUCUCAGCGCCCUCCAGCGCCGGUGGAGCAGCGUUAUCCGAGGUCAGCGUCCCCUCCCGCCGGACCACAGCAUCCAGUGUGCGCGGCUCCGCCAGCAGGCGGCUGGCAGCGCCCCCCAACAGAACAGCCGAGGCGCAGCAGCAGGGCCUGCUCGUCUUUACAAAGAUCCCGCGGUGUGGUAGCACUGCCGUCGGCCACAUCCUCCACGAGCUGUCGCGCUCCAGAGGCUUCUCGGUGUGGGACGAGCCUCCGUACCGAGUGCGGCGGCUGCUGCCGGAGACCGAGCAGCUGGCGUUAAAGGCUGUCAAGGAAAUCAGUCAAGUUCCGAAACCAGCGGUGGUUAUCAAGGAAAAGAGCUACAUUGAUUUCUCCAGACACGGCCAUCAGAAGCCCAUCUAUGUCAGCAUGGUGCGCGACCCUCUGGAGCACGUCAACUCGUGGUUCUACUGGCUGCGAGCGCCGUUCGCUGUGGUCGAGAGGGCCCUCUCCUUCGGCAAGGACAACGCAGUCAGCCACCUGCCCAAGGCGCCCUUCCUGAAAAAGAACUUCGAAACGUGCCACGAGUCGAAGGACCCUGAAUGCAACUAUGACGAGGGCACCAGCCGUAUCGGCCACCCGACGCAGGCGUUCUGCACCUACUCUUCAGAGUGCGCACGGCUGGGCAGCCAGGCCGCCCUGCAGGAGGCCAAGCGGGUCGUGGAGGAGCAAUACGCGGUCGUUGGCCUGCUUGAGGAUUGGGACGUCUCGCUCGCAGUCAUGGAGCGGCUGGUGCCGCGCUUCUUCGCCGGAGCCAGUGACAUCUACCGGGAAAAGCUGGCCAGGAAUCGCACGCUGCGAAAUGAGAACUUCUACAAGCCCAAGUUGAGAGCAGCUCUCCGACAGAAAAUGGUGAAGAGCUUCCAGGCCGAAAUUGAGUUUUAUGAUUUCGUGAAACAGAGGCUGUAUAACCAGUAUGAAUCACUCAAGGACUAGCGUGGACCGCCCAGGAAUGACGCAACGUGUGCGAGGAAUAUAUUUUAAUGGGCGCGCUUUGCCUGUUCUGCGUGUUAGUUUAUGAACACAGCAUGUCGGCAAAGUCCGGUUGAAUAUUCACGGACGCAUCUGCCCAGUUUUGGUGCAUAACAGUACCGAAGGGAUAUUAUUUAUUUGUUCCUGUGCAUAAUUGAAAAAUGUAGCCUCACAAUGAGCUCCCAUGCAUACAGAUACAUCGGUUAAGAUGUUUUAAAAAGUCCACUGACUUGUAAGGUCACGGCACUAAACACUGUGCGUCAUUCAGGAUCAGAUGGCACGGCGCUGUUUUUAUGUGUGUUUUGAUUCGUUUGAUUGUAUUUUCGGUAUGUUUAAUGAAUCCAGUAUUUGGUUUAGCGAAUAUAACAUUAGAAAACCGGUUACGCGUCGACUUGUCAAGACGAUGCUCGCACAAUGAUGAUGUAACCGCUGAGCUUUCCGUACAUUUAUUCGCAUUAGUAUCUGCAAAUAUUGCACUUGAUCCCUCUUCAGAUUCAACCUACAAAGACGAAGUAUUUAUUGCCUUUAUACCAUUUGGUGACGAGCUGUCGAGGAGAUGAGCUGAGCGCUUACCUCAUCGGCAUUUUCCGUUAUUUUUGCACUAUUCCUAGAGUUGGCCUGCUGCACAACACUGCAGUGUUGUUUGAAUGUGAUUGCUGAGCAAUCGUGCUGGCCAAUCUCUUUGCACUAGUUAUACCAUGUGCGAUGCCUUUACGUCACUGUAUACCAUGUUUCCAGGUGUGCUGAUCGCUGAUAGUGGUGUACUGAGUUGUUGGCUGUUGCCUUCCCGCCACAAGUCAUUUUCACCGUAUUUGUCUUCUUGUUGUAGCCCCGCAGUGCAUUACGUUUUUGUCUGUACGACCAAUACCCGCAGUGAAUUACUUUUUUGUCUGUACGACCAAUAAAGCUGACCAAUAAAGCGGCAAA